UGAGGGCACUUCCCCUCCAAGCCUCCAGGGGGCAGUGCUCCCUCCUUUUGGGGGCGGGUAGGGGAAUCUCUCUCUGCCUUGUCGGCCAGGUGACGUGUAACGCCUGCGCGCUGAGCUCGGCCUUUUCCCCCAGCGCUGCGGCUUGCGGACGUUUCGCUGCGCGGCCCCCGGCCUUAGCGAAAGCGGACAGAACCGAGAACCAUGGUCAGUACCGGCACCAAAUGGGCCAGGAUGGGAAGGGGAGAGUCGGCUCCGCUUUCUCGAACCCCGGCUGCCCGCUUCCUCGCUCGCUGCCGGCCGGAUGGAUUCGGAUUGCGCAGCUGGCAGGCCCGGCUGCGGAAGCGAGUUCCAGCGUGGCCUAAUGGCUGCAAGCAGCCGCCGUUAAGCCGCUGCCAGUAGAAGGGCCGCGGCUGGUGCUCCCCCUAAACACGCCUCCCCGGGUCGGUUUCUAAGGUUCUCCCACGCCUCGGGUUCCCCCGUUUUGGUUCCGUUUGCAUUCUUCGGUCCCGCCCGCACAGCGCCUCUUUUCCCCCGCUCUCCGACUUGGUUGCAUUUUCUCCUCCUGCCUCCCAAAAUCUUCCGGCCCUUGAGCGCAGCAGUGGCGAAAGGUUCGGGCCUUGCGUGUCUGAAAGCACCCCCCCAGGCGUGCACACAUGGCUCCGGGCCUGGCCUUCACGAUAGCUGCGCGAUCGGGAAGCGGGGGUGGGGAGGAAGCGUGAUGGAUAACUUGCGGGUCAAGACGCAGGCCGUCUGAAGGCGUUGCGGGCAAUUGGAGGGGAGAGUCUCGAAUCGCAGGUCUCGCGUAAAGCAGUGUCCCUCGUUUCUGGAAGCUUUGCGCUGUGUUGUGUCCUGGGGGGUCAGGCGAUGCCCCCGUUUAAAGACUGUCUUGGAAGAGCCACAUGUCUCACCGCGUGCAAACUUCCACAGCACAUCAGUUUCAUCCCGACUUUGUCAAAUACGUGUCACUGGCAAAGCUGGAUUUGCUGGCAUGUGUGUAACUUGCUGAAAGGCAGGUUCUAGAGCUUUAGCUGCCAUCCCAACCCAGGGCCUGUGGAUCUGUCUCGUUGUUGCCUAUAGGAAAAUGUAAUGAUACCAAGGUGUGAUGGCUUUUUGAAGUAAGGCAAGGCGUUGGUGGGAUAAUUUUAUUAACAUCUUCUCCCCUCUAGUGGAUGGUCAGCAUAAAUCCUUCAGUUUUGGGAAGACUUGAUUUCCACAUUGCCAUCCAGACACCUUGCUACUUGCUACUUUCAAACUUAGUAUUUACUAUAUUUUCCCCAUCAUUGCCAUAAAUGCUUUAUGUAGUCCAAUUGUAGUUACUGGAUUCUGGAAAGCUUUGAAACUUUCAAUGGCAUGUUAUAUUAAAACAGUAAGCGUUUUAUAAUUGAAGAUGAAGGUGUCAUUAAUGGGUGCUAAGCACUUUGCUACUGAGCAAGUUUGAAGACUUUGCUUUCCUCUGCAUCACAGCCAUAAAGAAGUCUUAAGUUUAUAAUAUGUGUUUUUUAGGCUGUGUGUGCACUUUUCAAACACAUUUCCAUUUUUCUCCUUGUUGACUUAAGUUCAUGCUAUCUUCACUUGCAAGAUUAUUAUGCAAACAUUUUUGACAUUAAUGUUUCUGUGUUGCAUUUAUUCAAGGGGUUCGUGAAAGUUGUCAAGAAUAAGGCCUACUUCAAGAGGUAUCAAGUCAAAUUCCGAAGAAGGAGAGGUAUGUUUUAUUUCUUGGCAAGCUUUCAAUAAAUUAGAUGGAUGUGGCCUUGAACCUGCAGUUUCUAAAUACAUUCCAAUGUGUCACCUUUCUGUUUCAGAGGGAAAGACUGAUUACUAUGCUCGUAAACGUUUGGUGAUUCAAGAUAAAAACAAGUACAACACCCCUAAAUAUAGGAUGAUUGUACGUGUCACCAACAGAGAUAUCAUUUGCCAGGUAAGGUCUCCUUUCUGUCCUUGAUUGUACUGCAGAGAGCUGCUUUGCACUUCACAAAUUUCCUUCAUAGAAAUGCCCAUGUAACAUGUACAUAAGCCUUUAUAAAGGAAGAGAAGAACCUAUUAUUUUUCUAAAGUAGUUCUUAGGCAGAAACUAUUCUAAACCCUAGAAUAGGCCAUAUCCUGUGACAAUACUUCCUUUUGUAGGAAAGCAAGACUUGGUAAUGGAUAAAUUUGAGGAAGUGUCUUGAAUGUUUUUUCUAAGAAGGAAUCUUUAAAAUCAGCAAAAUAGGCCCUUUAUGUUACCAUCUCAAAACAUUUUUUCAUCCCCUGGAAUUCUUUGCCAGGUAUAUAUAUUACUGCAUAUCCACUUUGCCUUUUUGGCUCAAAGGAGCUUAUUGAACAAGCUCCGCUUUCUGCUACUUAAUUUCUGAAGUGCUUCUCUGUGCAAAGAUACGUGUUGCAUCUCAAAACGUUCAGCAUGCUUUCAUUAGGAACAAAAGAGCUACCAGCCUGUAGAAAAUGCUGAGAGUGAAGGUGAAAUUAUUCUUUCACAAAUCUUCGUAUGGCAUUUUCUUUUAACUGUUCUAUUAGUUCUUCUAAAAAUAUUCCCCUGACCCUUCCUGCUUAUGAGUAUCAUGUAGAAAAGAAGCAGGGAACAAAUUGCGAAGACGUUUCUCAGGCUAUUUAACUGGCAUGGCUACCAACAAGUGAGCACUGAGAAUUGUAGUUUUGCAAAAGGGCUAGUAAUCACUAGUAUAACUCUCAGUGCCUUUCCCAAACUACAAUUUCCAUGGUUCUUUUGAGGAAGCCAUAACUUGAACUAGUGUAAAAUCAGUUUUAAACUUACACUGCAUGUGUUGCAUUUCUGAAUUUGGUAAGGACUGGCACAGAAAUUGUCAGAAUUCCAUUUUGAGUGUAACUUCUGAUCUUGGAUAAGUGUAUGUCAGUGGUUUUCAAAGUUGUAGAUCUUUCAUCGCAUGAGUGAGAUAUUUUAUGCUUAAUUUACCUGAAUCUGGAAGACAGGACUGCUGGACAGCUUUUUUAAAAAAAAUCACUUCAAUAUCAUUGGCAAAGUUGCAUUUUUUUUAAAAAAAUUAUUAAAGAUUUCUUGGUUUACAAAAGUAUGUGCGAUGUCUCUUUUUCAGGUUACGUUUUCUACAGAUCAGUUUCAUUUGUUGACAUUAGUGUUACAUUAGGAAGAAAAGGGGGAAAGAGGUGGAGGGUGGAAAUGAUGAGUGGGGUAGGAUUGGGUGGCAAUGCUACUAUUCUACUUGGCAAAGUUGCAUUUGAUGGUUUGCUGUUGUAGACCCUUUUACGUGGAAAUUGCCAUGUGCUAAGCAAAUCUCCAGAAGUACUAUUGAUUUCCAAAGCUAUGAAUGAAACAGGUUUCUUUAGUCUAUACAUCUCUUACUUUUUGACAACAGUGUUCAAACGUCUUUGCAAUUUGGGAUGCAAAAACUGGAAAAAAAAUGGACUAAAUAUGUAUAUCAUCACUGGCAGUCUUUCCCCUGUUAUAUUUUCAUAUUGGAAUGCCUUGGAAAACCUGGAAAAGGUUAAGCAUGUGCCAUACAGUCCUGAGGAACCAGCUGUCCUGGAUGAGAAGCUGAGUGGCAAACUGUCCUGGUCUUAUAGCAGCACUUGCCUAACAGCCCUUAUUUCUGCCACCACCAUUCUUUGUAGUUGGAUAACUAAAAUGCAGGACUAUUGUAGCUACUGUGUAUGUGUAUUCUCCCUUUGUCUGUGGCUUAAAGUACCAGUAGUCCUUCACAGUCAAGAGAGUCUCAACAUGUCCCUCUGAGGGCGUGGGAAAGGAGGAGCAGGAUCAAUAGAUCAACGGUAGGGGGCAAGGUGGGAACUGAGCAGAUGAUGAAGGGAGAGAAUGAUUUGGUCAGUGUCUUUUAUAAGGUUUUAUUAUUCCGAUGAAGAUCUAGCAGUUGCUGAUACGUGCUUUACUUACUCAUGCUUCUUAGGUAGAUAUACAGUGUUUACAGACAUUGUGGGUGCACUCUGGUAUGGGGGGAAAAACAUGGGGGAAGGUUGGCACUACAGGACUGCUGACUUUGAUGGCACUCCUCUCAAACAGAGGGAAGACUGCAGUGAAUUAAUAUUGCAGCUGUUUGGUUGGAGGUCGCCCACUAACCUUGUUUUUGUUGUCAGAUCGCAUAUGCCAGAAUUGAAGGCGACAUGAUUGUCUGUGCCGCAUACGCUCACGAGCUGCCAAAGUACGGAGUGAAAGUAGGCUUGACCAACUACGCUGCUGCCUAUUGCACAGGCUUGCUGCUGGCCCGCAGGGUAUGUAUCUAUUCUGAAAAAUCAGAAUAACAUCUGCACCAGCUUAUUUGACACAGAUUGAGACACAUAAUUUACAAAUAAUGGAAAUUUAGGGUUUUAUAGUAUUAGCUUAAAGUGUAUGUCUGUAAGAGGUGGGAUAUGCAUAUCACCACUUACCCAGUCUGUUUCUGUUUUAGUCCUCAAGUACAAACCUGGGAUUUUGUGUGUAUUAAGACGGCACCAUGCAAAAUGAACUGGGCAAGAAAUAAAUACUGGGUUAGAGAAGAUGGCAGAACGUUGGGUUUGGGGGGGGUGUGUGUCUGUGCUUCUGUCAUUUCAGCAUAUCAGCCACCAGUUAUUCCUUAGUACUUGAUGAAAGUAAAAUUACUUUCGCAGAAUUCUUAUAUCGGUGGAAUUUCUUUACUGCAAGUUUCUAUUUCCCUUCCUCUGUAGCUCUUGUUAUGUUCUCCCACCUUUCAGCCAUGGCUUUAGAGACUUCCUUGCAUUGUAAUGUAGUAGAGGUACGGCAAGCUCAACUUACAUUUAGUAACUUGGAAUUCUCACAUUAGGGUGUUAUCCAAAUGGCAAAUCCCAUGCUGAAAAUGGGCUGGAAAAUGUUUUGCUGACUGUAGUCUCAAAAAGUUGCUUCUGUAGCAUCACUUGUGUGCACUAUUGACUCCUAAAAGAUUGUUGGUGCAUGAGUUAAUGUCUUUAAAAUUAAUACUUUACCAUUCUGGUCACAACUGGCCCUUGGAGUGGGUUGCAAACUGCCUGUCUUUCUGUCUCAUGAUAUGUGCAAUGUUUCACCGAAAGCCUGUUUUGGUCUCCAGUGCAGUAGAUCUGCGAAGAAGAACUUAGACCUGUCUGCCUUGUUCAUUGCAGCUUCUGAACAAAUUUGGCCUUGAUAAGAUCUACGAAGGUCAAGUUGAAGUGACGGGUGAUGAGUAUAAUGUAGAAAGCGUGGAUGGGCAACCUGGUGCCUUUACGUGCUAUUUGGACGCAGGCCUUGCUCGCACUACCACUGGGAACAAAGUUUUCGGUGCUCUGAAAGGAGCUGUGGAUGGUGGUCUUUCCAUUCCACACAGGUAACCUUCCCCCACCCCCCGGGACUGAUAGUUCAAACACUUCCUCUAGAAAUGGAGAUGUUUUUGUUUUGAAAUUUAAAUUCAGUAUAUUUAACUUUCACCAUUGGUGGUGGUGGUGCUUAAUGCUACUUGCUGCAUCUUAAGUCACUUGGCCCUGGGUAUGAUAUUCCCAUUGCGGACUUCACUUGCUGCCUCCUCUCUACCACAGUCUUCCACAUACCAGACGCUCAGAGAUCUGGCUCAUAUGAUAAUUACCACCAUUCAUCACUUUGACAGCAGCAGUAGAUUGUACAAGCAAUACCCGGAAGAGUAAAACAGGUUGUUGUUUCUGCUGCCCUACCAAAGAACCCCUUUAUUACAACGCUCCUUAAUAAUUCACCUUUUUUUUCUUCUUGUCUUCAAUCUGGCUGCUAUGUGAUGAUGUCCCACUGACUUGAACAUGUUGUAGUUGGUCCUUGGCAUGUGUAUGAGAGAGCUCAGUGUUUCAAGACGGGACUGAUGGUGGCUGAAAUUUCUGGCUGGUCUUGACUGAUUUUUGCUUAAGAAAUGCUUUCUCCCAAAUGUUCACGAGGGUUCCUCAAUUCAUGUCUGACAGUACCAAACGUUUCCCUGGUUAUGACUCGGAGAGCAAAGAAUUCAACGCAGAGGUCCACCGCAAGCACAUCAUGGGACAGAAUGUUGCUGAUUACAUGCGUUACUUGAUGGAGGAAGACGAAGAUGCUUACAAGAAACAGUUCUCCCAGUAUAUAAAGAACAACGUGACGCCUGAUAUGGUAAGAUGCUUGAUGUUCACAGUGAUUGAAAAAGCAAGUACUAAGAGUGUGUCUUGUGUUGAACUGAUAUUGCUGGCAAUGGACACUUUUAUGGGAAAAUACUAGCAAGUAUCUGGGAUCUUUCAGAUCUCAGGCCUAGUAUCUUUGUGUUCUGAGCUUUGCACAUCCCUGAAAACAUCUUAUUAAAUAAUGACCUAUCAUUCCAUUUGUAAAUCCACCACAAAUACGUGUCCAGUUUCCUGACUGCUUGUAAAUUCCCUGGUUAACUCCUAAAUUGUCUUUCUUCUGGUGAUUAAAAGGCUCAAAGCUUGCUCAGACCUUUGGAGUUCCUGUUUGAUGAGAGAACAUCUUGAUAGUAGUAGCCUUGGAUUGGGAAGCAGGGGUGCAGAAAGCGCUGGGAAUUCAGUUGGACGUGAGCAGUCAGAGGUGCAUGAAUUCCUUCUUUCUUGCACUGCUAAGUGGAUAUGAGGAAACGAGUCUUAAAUCCAGCCUUGCAGGUGGCCACUCAUCCAGCACCAGCACUCUUGUUGUGAAUCACAGAUAAAAUUGCUGAUAUGCAAGGCUACUUUAAACCACGAGCACUUUGGUUUGUGAUAAAUUUUUAGCAUAAUUUGCCCUUCAGAGGAAAUGCAUUUGUAGUAUUAAGCCAUUUGGUGUACUUGGGAACUCCAGAGCCCCUGUGGAAAUUUUGCUUGCUCGAGUUCAUGGGCUGGUAACCAAGAAACUGUUAGGUUGGCUGCUUCAGAGUGGUUAGGCAGAAGAACAGAUGUCCACACAUUUGCAAAAUCAUAAUUUAUUGUUGAAAGUAAGAUGCAAGUUUCCUAGUUGGAGAUGUUAGUCCCCACCCCCUCCGUUGAUUUGGAGGAGGCUGAAAACCUCUGGACCACAUAGAUCUCUGUUUGUGUGUGUGAAGUUAGAGCCUGACUAAGCUAAUUUUGCUUCUGUGAAGGAAUCAAAAUAUUCAAGUGGCAAAGUGGCUGACCGCUUCUUGUGAGGGAUGUUGGUACUCAAUGGUCAGUGGUCAAUAGUCCCAGCCUGCUUGAGUACUGAAAAUUGUAAAAACUAACUAGUGCUGUGCAUAUGAUGGCUGUUCAUACACAGGUGUUUACUGCCUCCCACUUAUCCCAAAUGUGAAUUUGCCCCAAGUUCCUCUAAUUGUGGGUCUCUUUUAUACGUACUUAAAUGUUGGAAGAAAGGUCAUACGCAUGAACUCCAUAUUGAUUUGUGCAUUCAUUCUGUGUCCUUAUCUAGAAUAAUUCUGGGGUAUGUAGUUAUGACAAUAUUGUAUAUGAGUUAGUUUUAAAACAUUACUUCCUAUAAUACAUUACAGCGCGGGGGUGGGAGUGCCAAGUAAAUUUUGGUCAACAUGUACAAAAUGUAAAACUGAUUUCUAAAAUCCUUAUUUCAGAUGGAAGAACUGUAUAAAAAAGCCCACGCUGGAAUACGUGAAAAUCCAGUCCACGAAAAGAAACCCAAGAGGGAAGUCAAAAAGAAGAGGUGAGAUGGUCAUUUUCUCCUCCUGCAAGAUGAUAUGCCAUAAAGAAAUGUUUGUUACUGAAAGUGCUGUGCCACUGAAACUUUUUGAAAUGCAUUAACACUGACAAUUGGCGAAUACUAGGAUGGGAAGAUUUCUUAGUUUUGUGGCAGGAAUCUGCAUUUUCAGAAACAUUUUUGCUUAUUGGGAAGCUUAGUGUUAAAGCCCUGUGUGCUUUAACAGCUUGGGCUAGAUCGUUUUAGGCUUGAGGGUUGCAUCCAAGCUGCUAAAGCUCCUCCUGUGUUGCAGCCUCCUUCGUGAGCUUGUUCCCGGCAGGAAGUUCUGCCUUUGCAAGCUGGGUGCUGCUUAUGAACCUUAAGAUCUCUGCUUAAUGUAGGUCAAAACAAGAAGGGAUCUUAGAAAUGGCAGUACUGGCAGUUUGAAUAUGAGCAGCUGUAGAACAGAACUGAUAACAAUUCAUUGCAUUUGUUAUCACUUAACAUGUAUUUCAUGGGCUGCUCUUAAUUCGGUUGCAGGAGAAAAGCAGCAGUUCCACUUAGUUCCUAUGAUUGUUCUGGCCUGAUUCUAUAGGCCAGAGGUGUUUUGGCUGCAUUGGUUAUUAGUGUUCUUUGGUAUGACAAACACAGAGUUUUCCAUUCUUGGUUGAAAGUUAAGGACAGUGGUUGCUUAGUUUUCAAGUUAAUAGAACACCUUUUGCUCUGGGAAUGUCAUCUUAACCUUUAAAUCACCUUGUAUCCUACUCUUCUAGGAGUUUUCCACAGGCAUUUGUAAAGCAUUCAAGGGUCCCAGCCAUGUUCAUUUGCCUACCUAGUUUAGUUAGUGGUGAGUGUAAAUCUCACAGAACUUGGAUGUAUUCCUGGUGGACCUGCCAGUCUGUAUUUGGUAUAAAUUAGCAAAUCUAGCAGUGAACACUUGAGUGAUGGAAUGGGGCCAUCUUUCUCUGAGGGUCUUGAAGGGUAUUUGAGGGAGGUGAUCAUAUAUGUGAACAACCUGUGGCUUUAGGGCCACAUGCAAUAUUUGGCUAAAUUUCAAAAGUCCCAGUUAGGUGAUCUUUGGUUCUCAGCACAGCAAACAAGGGCUCCCCAUCUCUGCGCUAUAACCUUGGCCAGAGUUGAGUGAUUUGAAUUAUUUUAUGCAGCCGCAUAAGAAAACUUUCCCCUUCCCUUCCAUGUUAAGACUCACAUCAGGUAGACUUAAAUAUAGUUGGAAAAUUAAGCCACUGCUGAACUGAUAACCCCAGAAAUUGGGGGAGGGGAGGCAGUGACAUGGUAGGUCCUCUGCUGUAAGCAUAUGAUGCAGAGUUAUAAUAAUCCUGCCUUCUGAGGAUGGACUGUAUUGAUGUCAUAUACUUGCUUUUGGAGUCAUAACAUACAGGUAUGUUUAGAAUGAUCUGACAUUCCUGGGAAGAGUGUCACUGCCUCUCAAUACCUGACUAUGUUACAUGGUAAAAUAAGAUAGCCCUGAGUGGCACAGUGAUGGAUUAAAAAGGUAAACAAAAUCAGUGGUAGCCUGUAGAGUGGCACUUUGAAAUAGUAGGUUGAAGUCAAGUUUUUCCUUUAAAAAAAAAAAAAAAGAUUGUUCAUAAGGCUCAUGCCUUAUGCUUGACACAUCAGCAACACUAACCCAAUCUCUUAUUUGCAGGUGGAACCGUCCCAAGUUGUCCCUUGCCCAGAAGAAAGAUCGUGUGGCCCAAAAGAAGGCUAGCUUCCUAAGGGCCCAGGAGCGUGUGGCUGAUAGCUAAGAGGCCUUCCAUAAUUUUCUAUGGAGAUGUCAGAAAAGAGAAUAAACUUAUUGAACCAAUGUUGUAAGCAUUGACUUACUGAUGCUACAUCAUAGCUGCUGUUGGAUAACUGAACACCUGCUGGCUUCUUCUUUUUACCUGCUUUAUUCUUUUAUUUAAAAUACAGAUUCCAUCCCUUUGCAUUUA